GCCUCGCGUGGGCUCCGCCCUUGCAGCGGACUGCGGCGCUCCCCAGACUUAAGCAAUUGCUGGGGCGCUGCUCCGGGAGGGAGCCUGGUGAGCCCUUUGCUCCAAAGCCAGGGAUGCUCCGGCGACCCCUGGCUCUGCGAUGCUCUCGGCCCAAGUCCACCUGAGCGCCGAGAAUGGGAAAGGGGUGCAUGGCGAAAGAUGGGAGGGAGAGCCAGUCCUGGAGGGACCGGGAAUUGCUAGGUCUACCUGGCUGGGACCGAGGCUAUACCGUUUUCUCGGCAGCCUAGAGGCCUAUCCCUGACCGCCAUGGAGUUGCCUCUGAGCCAAGCUACCCUUCGGCACACACUACUGCUCCUGCCAGCCCUCUUAAGUUCAGGACAGGGGGAGCUAGCACCACAAAUUGACGGUCAGACUUGGGCUGAGAGAGCACUUCGGGAGAAUGAACGCCAUGCCUUCACCUGUCGGGUGGCAGGGGGAUCUGCCACUCCCCGAUUAGCCUGGUACUUGGAUGGUCAGCUACAGGAGGCCACCACCUCAAGACUACUGAGUGUUGGCGGGGAGGCCUUCUCUGGAGGCACCAGCACUUUCACUGUCACUGCCCAGCGUGCCCAGCAUGAGCUUAACUGCUCCCUGCAGGACCCAGGGAGUGGCCGGCCAGCCAACGCCUCUGUCAUUCUCAAUGUGCAAUUUAAACCAGAGAUUGCCCAGGUUGGGGCCAAGUAUCAGGAAGCUCAGGGCCCAGGCCUUUUGGUAGUCCUGUUUGCCCUGGUGCGGGCCAACCCACCUGCCAAUGUCACCUGGAUUGAUCAGGAUGGACCGGUGACUGUCAAUGCCUCUGACUUCCUGGUGCUGGAUGCUCAGAACUAUCCCUGGCUCACGAACCACACCGUGCAGCUCCAACUCCGCAGCCUGGCACACAACCUCUCAGUGGUGGCCACCAAUGAUGUGGGUGUCACCAGUGCCUCACUUCCGGAACCAGGGCUCCUGGCCACCCGAGUAGAAGUGCCACUGCUGGGCAUCGUUGUGGCUGGAGGGCUUGCCUUGGGCACUCUAGUGGGGUUCAGUACCUUGGUGGCCUGUCUGGUCUGCAGGAAAGAGAAGAAAACUAAAGGCCCCUCCCGGCGCCCAUCUCUGAUAUCUAGUGACUCCAACAACCUGAAAGUGAGUAACGUACGCCUGCCACGGGAGAACAUGUCCCUCCCAUCCAACCUUCAGCUCAAUGACCUAACCCCGGAUCUCAGAGGGAAAGCAACAGAGCGGCCGAUGGCUCAGCACAGCAGCCGUCCAGAGCUUCUGGAAGCCGAGCCUGGUGGCCUCCUCACCAGCCGAGGCUUCAUCCGUCUCCCAAUGCUGGGCUACAUCUACCGAGUGUCCAGUGUAAGCAGUGAUGAGAUCUGGCUCUGAGCUUGAGGGUGAAGCCCCCAGAGCACCCCACCCCAAUGUCUCCUUCAAGCCUUCCUCUGCUGGGCCACGUUGUGACCAUGAAGAAGCCAUGUCACUGCCACCUGGCCCUCCUGGCAGGGGUACCCUGUGGGUCAUGCAUGAUGUAUUUCAUUGCACUCUAACCUGCAAGGCAUAGUCUAGCCUUGGCAAGACCAUUGGUCAGAAAUAGGCUCCUUGCACUCACUCAGUUUGGGGCCUUGCAUGUGGUAACUGGGGCCAGGCAGAUGAAACUCUGGCCUAGUGUGUUCAGGUGUCACCCCACAUGUAAAAGAUGGGCCUACUAUAUGUUCAAUACUAGUAUCCUCUGCAUCUCAUACAGCAGGCAGAGGGAUGCCUAUGUGGGGGACAGGAGGGUCCCUGCACAACUCAGACGUCCUUCCUAUGCUAUGCAGCUUUCUCCCCUCAGGGAAAACAGGACCCUGCUAGCUGAAUAGAACCAAACUGCCCUUUGCUCAGGAACCAAUCCCUUGCCCAGGGACCUCGCCAAGCACAAAUUAGUCCCUUUUGCUGCAUAUCUCUGCCUUUUUGUCCCCACCUCCUCUUGGGCAUACACUAGACCUUCUUUACUGGGCAUUAGACCUCCACUGGCUGGAGCCCCCACGUGUCAGCCUCUGGUAUUAGCACAAGAUGAGCAGGAAGAAGUGAGUCUGCUGGUCCCCAGGAUGGCACGUAGCUAUGCACUGUUUUGUACAAGUGUUCCCCCUUUAAGCACAUUCCCUAGGGAAGGAGGGCCCAGGACCUUCUUAGGUUCCCUGUGUUUGGCCUUCAGCGAUUCACUGUGAGUGUUCUGAGCACUCAGGAUUGACAGUUUCCCUCUCUGCAUGUCUCUCCCCAAUGUAGCAAUAUCCCCAACCAGUCCCUGGCUGCCCCAUCCUAUUUAGGGGAUGGUCACAGUGGGCAUAUAAGCCAACAGUGCCACAAGAUUUAGGGGGACACAGAGAAAGCGAGAACCACAUAACCCCAAAGAGCUAAGAAUCUUUUAAACAGCAACAUGGAAAUGACUGGAGAGCGAUAGAGCAGAGUCUAUUUUCCCUCCUUGGUAUCUUGUUUGUAAUUUUCUCAUGUUACUGGCUAGUGCUGCACACACAGUAAACCACCGUGAUUGAAUAAGUAUGUCUUUGUUCAUUUCCUCAACCAUUUGUAUUUGUUCUUUGAGAGGGACUCACAUAGUCUCAGCUAGCCUUGAAUUCACUAUGGGUCGGAGACAGAUGAAUGGCCUUGAGCAUCCAAUCUGCCUUCUUCCACCUCUCUAGGGCUCAGAUUAGACAUGACCACCACCCUGGUUUUCCAAGUAUGCUUUAGAACGAGUCCCACCCUCUUUUUCUUUUUGUUGCGCUGGUGAUGGAACCCAGGGCUUGGCGCAUGCCACGAAAGUGCUUGACUAUUAAGUCUACACUGCUAGCACAUAAACAGCCUUCUCUCUCUCCCUCUUUUUUAAACAUUUCCAAGUUUUAUAUCCACAAAAGAGCACAGAGGAUACUGUCUCAUACAAAACACAAUA